AUGAAUGAAGAAAACCUUUUAAUUGAAUUAAAAAAAUAUAUUACUGAGGGUUCCUUUAAAUUGAAAUGGCCGCGAAGUGCCGAUAAGUUUACAAGGAUGAGUGUUUUUAUUGUUCUGAUACAGCUUUUUCGCCAGAUUCAACGCUUGUGCAUCUCUCAAACAGAAGACAAAAUCAGUUCAGACUACAACCUUUGUUUGCAUCCACAUAUUGAAGUUCCAAUAAAAAUUGAAAGUCAUAUUGGGGACAAGCUUCGUGAAAUUGUGGAUAUGGUUAUUGCGAAUAUUAGUGCCGAAUUACAACAACGCUUACAAAUUGGCGUCAGUGAACGGGAUGGAGAAGAACGUCAGAUUUCAAAGGUUGCCGAAAAGCUUGAACAGAUUCCAUUUGAAGGCAAAAUAUCUUAUGAUGGUUGGAUUUGUGCCAAGCCUGGAUGUGAACUUAAAGAGAAUUUGUGGUUGAAUCUUAGUGAUGGUGUUAUCAUGUGUGGACGAUAUGCUCCUAUGAGUGCCGUUAAAGGGAAUGGACAUGCAAAAACUCAUUAUGAAGAAACUGGUUAUCCUUUAGUGAUUAAAUUAAGUACUAUUUCUGAUGGUGAUGGGGAUAUUUACAGUUAUUCUGAAGAUGCUCUUGUUCGUGAUCCAUUGUUAGCAAAGCAUUUGGCACAUUUUGGACUUUCUAAAAAUAAAUUUAAUAAAACUGAAGAUACAACAAUUGUGGGUUCUAAAAGGGAGCUACCGUUUAGAGCCCAUAAUUAUCUUGCUAAAAACCGCAUCACAUCUCUUUAUAAAAAUAGAAAAAAUAUUAAAAAAAGAGUGAUCGAUGAUGUCGAAGUCUAUAAGAAAAACAUAGAAGUUUUCAAAAAAAACAUCAGUAAAAUGUUUCAACUAUUAGAAGAUCCUGAUUUCGGCUGUGAUCUUCAUUCAGUAAAGGCUCUGCAAAACAAACACGAUCUUGUUGAAAAAGAUUUGGAUGGUUUAGAAGAUGGUAUAUAUAAUUUGCAUCAAGAAGCAAAUUCUUUACAACAAAAAUACCCCGAUGUUGCUGAACAAAUCCAGGAAUUACAAAAUCAAUUAAACGAUCAAUUGCCAACUUUAACACAAAAAGCCAAAAUGAGAAAAGAUAAAUUAUUAGAGAAUUAUGGUAAUAAGAAAAACUUUAAAAUUAUAAUCCAAUCUAGAUUAUCUACGUUUCUUAAAUGGUUUUCGCAAUAUAAUGCAAUGGAUUGA